UUUAUAGCGAUGGAGAUACGUGUAUUUUAUUUUCCAUCGAUGUAAAUUUCACGUGAAACAUACUCGUAGACCAUGACGUCGUAUUAUCUCAAACGUUAUCGCAGACAUCACAUUGAAUUAAACGCAUUUGUUGAAACGACGAAUUGUAACUAAAAGAGACGAUGGCGAGCGAAAACUAACCAAAAAACGCUGUCAACGUUGACACGUUUUUGCAGUAUUGGUAGCCCUGCUUCGUCCCCUGCCCUUCAUUGUUGCUAUUUAGUACCCGGUGUGUUUGCGUUUUUACGUUCGCCCCCUGCGCAAAGCUUUUCCACCGCGUGCAGUUUUUGCCAAUCGAACGUUCGUGAUCGUCUAACGUGGGAGAGACCAGUUCGGUCCAGCAAACCCGAAGGCGGCGGGGGUGAAGCGCAGGCGGUGACGAACGAUGGAUAAUCUAGAGGAAGUGUUGCAGGCGCUCGACGAGUUUCAGAAGAUGCGGCCGAGCGAGAUACCGCGUGAGCUCGAGGAUUACCUAUGUUGGGUGGCGAAAACCGGCGAUCCGGUCUACCAGUGGUCGCUGAUCAAAACGUUGUUCAGGGAGAAACUGACACGCGUGAUGACCGAAUUCUACGAGAGCUGCCCGACGCUUGACCUCGCACCCCCGUGUCCGAACGUCGAGCAUUUCAACUACGAUACGAUGAAGAGCAAUCUACUCGAGCGGCUCGAGUCAUUCGCCAACGCUCCAUUCACUGUUCAACGAAUCUGCGAGCUGUUGACGGCUCCCCGAAAGGAGUACAACAGAGUCGACAAGUUCAUGAGAGCCAUCGAGAAGAACAUUUUGGUUGUUUCCACCAGGGAGCCCGGGCCGAUAUCCAGAAGGAACGAGAACGGCGACAACGGGAUGGUCAACGGGUCUGUGGACGAGGAUGCAUCUGUGACGCAACCACCUCAAGAUGUCGAGAUGGAAUACUGGGAGAAGGACUGUCCAUCUACUGUUACAAUCAGCGUACACACUGUUGAGAAUGAAACACCAUUGUUGCACACUGUCGUACCAACCAGCACCGUAGUAAAGAAUGUGUUUACCGCUGAGGAACUGUCCCACGACAAGGCGGAGUCAACAUCCUCCAAGUCGGACAUUGUAGUAUCCAGUUUCAUACCAACCACUUCGGAAUUCUCUGGUGUCUCAGGCCUGAACUCCCAGUCUCAAGCCCAAGACUCACAAAUAGGACCCACGAUACAGAAUCUGUCAACCAUCGUUCCUGAAACGUCUGGAAUCAUUGGCGACGUUUCAGAAGCAAUUAUGAAUGAGGACACCAGUUCUCAACCUAGUUUGGAAUUGGAGAAUGAAGGAGGGGACUCUGUGGACACUUCGAGGAAAUUGCAGACUACCUUCCAGACUAAAGAUUUUAGCUCGAAUGAGAGUAAAUCGACAAAGUUUUAUGUAGAUAAUUCCAAGGUAAAUGAGAAAUCUGAGGUUGAGGCGAUGACGAUACAAAUGCAGGAUGAAUCAAGUAAAAGUAAUGAUGUACUGGUUAAGUCGGAUGUCGAAUUGAAAGCAGCGUUGGACAAUAAGGAACCUGUUAAUCCGGUUGUUGAAAGUCUUUUAAAUAAUAAUGAAAAUUUAGAGAGCGCGAUAAAGUUAGGUACAGAAGUAGAGAACAUUCAAUCAAUCAUUGAUACGUCUGGUUUUAGUAAGGAAUCGCUAGCUUUAGAAAGUACGAGCGUCGGAAGCACGUCUGUGACAAACAGUUCAGAACAGUCUACACAUAAUUUAAUUUUACCUGCCGAUAACGUUAGUACAGAGGGAACUAUAAGUACAUCAGAGGAUAUGUCGGUAGAUGUAGAGAAUCUGAAAGAUCAAAGUAAGGAGACAGAGUUAGUGGUGGAUUCAAAACCUUUGGUAGAAGAGCCAUGUCCUAAUGCAACAAAAAAUUUUAAUUGUAAUCAAGAGAAAAGUAACUUAACCAUAACAGAAACUGCAGAAGAUGAGAACAGAGUGGUAAAUUCCAUAGUACCUGAUCCAAUUGCUAUCGUUGAAGAACCGAAAGACACAGAAUCUGUUAAUAUAAAAGAAGAUAUCUCGCCAAUUGUCGAGAUAACAGAAGAUUCGGAAAAUCCAAAUAACGUGUCGAUAACAUGUCAGUCGGAAAGCAAAAAGAAAUCUACUGAAGAUAAUAAUUUAGCACAAUUACAAGGUAACAACAUAACUUCCACCAUAAAUAAGAUAGACGAUAGUGACGCAAUGAUAGAAAAUGUCACAACUAAGAAAGAACAAGAGGCAAUGGAGUUAAUGGAAAUAGAUGAAGAAGAAACAUUAUCAGUGUUUCAGCAAGAUGAUGAACCUAUGGAGCAAGAAGCAGUACAAUCAUCUAGAAGUUAAUAAAAUGUAAGAAGAUGGUUCUUUUCAUUCUUCUUCUUUUUUUUUUAAUAUUUGAUUCUUAUUAUAGCAGAAAACAUAAAGAAGAACAAAUACUGGAAAAAUAGAGUUUGUUUAUACUAGAAAAAUUUUUAUUGUAAUUCGAACAUAAUUUGUAUAUGAAUUCCUUUAUUUGAUAUAUAAGACAUAUUGUAAGAUUUACAAGGAAUUCUCUAAGCAUCUGUUGUUUACUGUUUCAUUAACUUCGUAAUUACCAUUAAAUCAGGUAAAUUUUGGUAUUGUACAGAGACUUGUUACCUUGAACUUUUAAGCUUCUGUAGAAAGCAAGACACUGCCUACUUCCAGAACAUUGUAAUGUUAAUGACCAGUUUUGACCAUGGUUUGGAUUUUAUCUCAAAUUAGUUUAUGAACAAAUUUCACAAUAAAUUUAUGCAGACAAAGUUUCUAUGUAGAACAUGGCUGUGUUUAUAACUGAAGCAUAUGAAGUUUUUACAUGGCUUAUAACAAAUAUAACAUGUGAUAUAAACAGAGAAGCAUUUUAAACGUACAUUCUGAUGCUUUAUGUAUUUUACUGAAAAAAAUAGGGAGCAUAGAUCCAACCCAUUGUGAAUUAAAUUGAUUACUGGUUUUAAACAAAUAUUUUAAAAUUUGAUUAAUUGUGAAGUAAUUGACAAUAUAAAACAUUACUUGGUUUUUAAAAUUAAUACUUACGAUGACUGAAAUUUAUGAUUGUUCCAAUUGUAUUAAUCAUUGAUUCCAUUCAGUGGUUCAAGUUAUAAUUGAUAAAAAAAGGAUGCUUUUGUUAUACACAUCUCUGAGAUAGAGAAGAAUGAAAAGUUUGUUUUUUCUAGUUAGAGAAAGGAAUAGUAUUGCUCUCUUUAUGUCUUGCUUUAUUUUCUAAUAGAAUAUAAUAGCAAAAAAAAAAAAAAAAUAGAAACAAUGCAACACUCCUUUUUCUUCUGAAAUGGAGAUUCCAUUAAAUAGGCUUGAGUAAUUUAAAGAUCAGCCUAGUUUAAUUAUAUUUGCUUCUGGUCAUAUGUUUUUAUUGAAUAUUUUUAUGCAAACACAAACCUAGAGAUAGAUCAUCUUAAAAGUAAUUAUAACAGUACAUUAAUUUAAAGACAACUUAGGUCAAUGAUAUAAGACAUUGAUAUAACUUAAAAUAGCAGUGUAUAUUAUUUUAUAGAAAAUAUAUUCAAAAUUAUUACCAUUUGGAAACAUCCGACUUACUUAGAUAAAAAAGAUUUAAUUCUGUGAUUUCUAUAUCAAAUCACAGCUUGUAAUAAGUGUUUAUGUAUUUCACAAAUUGAUUAAACAUAACAUAUGUAUCAAAUUUCACUUCUAAAAUUUUUAAUUUGUCUGAUAAAAAGUUUUUGCAAAAAUUAUUUAUUUUAUUAAUUAUGACACUUCCAAAUUUCAUAUGAAAUAGCACAUGAUAUAGAUGAAUACUUGAAAACCAUAAUUACAGAAUAAAACAUUGUAUAUCAGAAAUUAAAUCAAUAAAUUUAUUAAUUAUUUAUUA